UGAGAGACCGCAAGAGCCAAGGAUACAGACAGGAUGCUGUCUGCAGAGCGCAGACCCACCCCUCCAGCCCGGAAGGGGACUUAGCCCCUCCUGCCUCCCGGGACCACGCGCACCGGGGCCUCCUGUGCUGCUGGCAACGUGGUAGCCCCCAGGUCCUCUGUGGGCCCGCUCUUGCAGUGCCUCGGUUUCCCAGGAGCCCCGGGAGGCCAGGUCGCCCUGCUCCGUCCACCCCCCUCGACCCUGGGCCCGGACUAGCGCCCUCACGUCAGCCAGGCUCUGGCUCCAGGACAGCACAGUGGCCCUAGCUGUCCCAUCCAUUGAGCAUCGCCAGGUGUGCCAGGGCCAGUGCCAGCCUGCCCCACCUACAGCCUCAGCCCAAUGGGGUGGUGACCCUCCCGACUCUGCUCCACCGCCAUGUGGCCCAAUGGCAGUUCUCUGGGCCCCUGUUUUCGGCCAACAAACAUCACGCUAGAGGAGCGGCGCCUGAUUGCCUCUCCCUGGUUUGCUGCCUCCUUCUGCCUGGUGGGCCUGACCUCCAACCUGGUGGCCCUGAGCGUGCUGGCAGGCGCGAGGCAGAGCAGCUCGCACGCCAGGUCCUCCUUCCUCACCUUCCUCUGUGGCCUGGUCCUCACCGACUUCACGGGGCUGCUGAUCACCGGUACCAUCGUGGUGUCCCAACAUGCCAUCCUCUUUGACUGGCACGCCGUGGACCCCAGCUGUCGCCUCUGCCGCUUCAUGGGUGUUGUCAUGGUCUUCUUUGGUCUGUGCCCGCUGCUGCUGGGAGCUGCCAUGGCCUCGGAGCGCUACCUGGGUAUUACACGGCCCUUCUCGCGCCCCGCGUUCGCGUCGCAGCGCCGCGCCUGGACCAUCGUGGGGCUGGUGUGGGCCGCUGCCCUGGCACUGGGCCUGCUGCCCCUGCUGGGCGUGGGCCGCUACACGGUGCAGUACCCGGGCUCCUGGUGCUUCCUCACGCUGGGCCCCGAGCGCGGAGACGUGGCCUUUGGCCUGCUGUUCGCGCUGCUCGGCAGCUUCUCGGUGGCGCUCUCCUUCCUGCUCAACACCAUCAGCGUGGCCACGCUGUGCCGCGUCUACCACGGGCAGGAGGCCGCGCAGCAGCGCCCCCGGGACUGUGAGCUCGAGAUGAUGGCUCAGCUCGUGGGCAUCAUGGUGGUGGCCAGUGUCUGCUGGAUGCCGCUGCUGGUCUUCAUUGCUCAGACAGUCCUGCAGAGCCCACCAGCCAUGAACUCAACUGGGCAGCUGUCCCGAGCCAUGGAGCAACAGCUGCUCAUUUACCUGCGCGUGGCCACUUGGAACCAGAUCCUGGACCCCUGGGUGUACAUCCUGUUCCGCCGGGCUGUGAUCCGGCGCCUCCACCCUGGCCUCAGUGUCCGGUCCAGAUCGCUCUCCCUGCAGCCCCAGCUCACCCGGAGGCCCACCAUGGCAUAGGGCAGGGGUAGACAUCAGUGUCGGCUCUGGAAUGACAGCCACACAUCCAACCUCAGUCCAGAAUGGACAGUCACAUCUGCCCAUUCUGAAGUCCAGGAGCUGAGAGUGCAGGACGAACAGAGUUUGAGUGACAGGAUUGUGAGCUGUCUUCCAUCAGCUGUGGGGACCUCCCAACUCUCCCCUGAUACCCCUUCCCAAGGCCUCUCUCUUCUCUCAGCCCCCUCCCAACCCCAGGAUGGGUGAGUGGGAGUGUAGGGAGGGUGACUGGAGGCAGUUAUACUUGUAAACCUUGCCCUGGCCACUGUCGCUCGGUGGUUAGUGCAUCGGCCUGCACAUUGAAGGGCUGCAGGUUUGAUUCCUGGUCAAGGGCACAUACAGUGGUCCCUCAGUUUUCUAAUGUAAUCCGUCC